AUGCCCGACGCUCUCCCUCCCUACCACCCCGUCGGCGUCGCGCGCGCCCUCGCCGCGUCGACCGAUUCAGCAAUCAAGCCUGAAGCGACGCUCUUCAAGUACGAAUUCGCGCUCACCGACCGCGUCGCCCUCGUCACCGGCGCCAACGGUGGGAUCGGCCUCGACAUCUCCAUGGCGCUCAUCGAGGCCGGCGCGCGCGUCGUCUUCUGCGUCGACCUCGCGCCCGCGCCGAGCGCGACCUUCGCCGCGGUGCAGAAUUACCUCGCGCGCAUCGGAGGGCUCGGCCGGCUCGAGUACGUGUGCCAGGACGUGACGGACCAGAAAGCGAUGUGGACGCUCGCCGGGACGAUCGGGGACGCCGAGGGCCGGCUCGACAUCUGCGUCGCGAACGCGGGGAUCGUCGCAGGGCUCUUUCCGUCUCUCACACACCCCCAGCCCGAGUUCGACAAGACAAUCGACGUGAACCUGAAGGGGACGCUCUUCGCCGCUCAGGCGUGCGGGCAGCAGAUGGAGCGCUUCGGCACCGGGGGCAGCAUCAUCUUCAUCGCGAGCGUCGCGGCCAGCGUCGCGAUCGAGCCGGCGUUCUGCACGGUCGCGUACACAGCCUCAAAGGCGGGGCAAGUGCAGCUCGCGCGCAGCAUGGCGUGCGAGCUCGCGCCGAAGCGCAUCCGCGUGAACAGCAUCAGCCCCGCGUGGAUCAAGACUUCGCUGACGGCGCUGCUCGACGACAACCCGACGCUGCACGCGGCGGCGGUGAACGGGAACCCGAUGGGGCGCAUCGCGCGCCCAGACGAGCUGCGCGGGGCCGCGGUGUGGCUCGCGAGCGACGCGGCGUCGUUCGUGACCGGGAGCGAUAUACAUGUUUGCGGAGGGCACACUGCGUGGUGA